AUGUCAAGCGAAUCACUGGAUUGCAUGUCACACCUAGAAGAGUAUUACACCAAUUGGAUAAAGGAAUUAUUGGAUGUCAGGAAAAUCCAUUAUGAUCCUCAUGACCUCAAGAUUCUUCCAAAGACUAUCGGCUUUGGAGGAUCUGCUUCUGUUUAUGCUGCAAAAUGGAAGGAUACAUCAACAAUAUAUGCGAUUAAAAAAUUUGUCGAGAAUAAAGAGGUUUAUUUAACGGAUUUGGCUAAUUCUCAUGAAAAUAUAAUUCAAUUUCGUGGAAUUACGAAAUUAGAAGAUGGAAAAAAAUACUCGCUUGUCCUUGAAUAUGCAGACGGUGGAACACUAAGAAGUUAUUUAAGGAACAACACUAUUACUUUUAAUUGGGAGAACCAAUUAAAGUUUGCUAAAGAAAUUGCGAGUGCGAUUUUAUGGUUACACGAUGUUAAGGAAAUCAUACACGGCGAUCUUCACCCCAACAAUAUCUUAAUACAUAAAGAUACGAUAAAAUUAGCAGAUUUUGGACGUUCAUGUAUAAAAGGAUCCGACAUUAACACUGGAACAUAUGGCCUAAUACCUUACAUGGAUCCUAAAUUUUUUGAGACUAAUUCAUAUCGUCUAACCGAAAAAUCUGAUAUAUACAGCUUGGGAGUAUUAUAUUGGGAGUUAACAAGUCGAAAAUCACCUUUCGAUUUUGAAAAAAAAUCAAGUGACGAUCAUCUUUCUAUUAUAACAAAUAUUCUUAAGCUUCUAAGAGAAGAACCUAUUGAGGAUACAAAUGAUAAAUUCGUCGUACUUUAUAAAAAAUGUUGGGAACAUGAGCCAGAUAAUAGACCGAAUAUUCUUAAAGUGAUUUCAGAACUUAAUUGUAUUGACCCUGAAAACAAUAAUGUAUCAAUUAUCCCAGAAGAAAGCGAAGAAAGUGAAAAAACAGCGAAUGUAUAUUCUUGUCAGAUUGCGAUUAAAUAA